UCAAUAAAUACAUAUUUUCAACUGAGUGACCCCACUUGGGGCACAAGGAUACCAGGUGCCGCACUCUUGGACAAUGCCUUGCAGUUUGCCUAGGCUGCAUAGCCCAGUAGCUUCGCCACAACAAUCGACAAAGCCCAACCUGAGACUGGUAAAUACAGACUCUCAUCAUCUUAGGGUCAUCUAUCGACUCAAUCCUCAAACCUACACCAAACCUUCCCCAGCAUGAGGCUAAUUUGUGCUCGAACCGUUGUUCAAGACGGCACCAUCUCCUUCGAGGAGUUCUACAGCAACAUCACUCCCAAUUAUGCGAUUCUUUCACACACUUGGUCACAUCUCCAAGAGGUCACAUACGCGGAAUGCAACUCCUCCUCCUCUAAAUCGAAGCUCGGGCACUACAAGAUCCAUAACGCAUGCAUUCUAGCUCUGAGGGACGGCAUAGAGUACGUCUGGGUUGAUACAUGCUGCAUAGACAAGUCUAGCAGCGCCGAGCUGACGGAAGCUAUCAACUCUAUGUUUGCGUGGUAUCAGAAUGCAACGAUUUGCUUUGUGUAUCUCUCAGAUCUUGCCGAUAUUGGCUCAUUAGAGUCCUGUCGAUGGUUCCGUCGCGGAUGGACAUUGCAGGAGCUCAUAGCACCACGAUACAUGAAAUUCUUUGACCAGACGUGGAAUUAUAUUGGAAGUAAGGGUACCCUUGCAACGCGUCUUUCGGAGAUCACGUCAAUCGAUAUCGAUGUUCUGAACCACAAAGCGCCCCUGUCUUCCGUAUGCGUCGCGAAGAGAUUUUCCUGGGCAGCUAACCGCGAAACUACUCGGUCCGAAGACAGUGCUUAUUGCCUACUUGGGAUAUUCAAUAUCAACAUGCCGUUGCUCUAUGGGGAGGGCCAGGGGGCAUUUCGUCGUCUACAGGAAGAAAUCGUUCAGUCAGUUUACGAUUUGAGCCUCCUCGCGUGGACACCGUCUGAAAGCAUGAGCGGCGACUUCUGCGGCUUUUUCGCUGAGUCUGUCAAGGAUUUUAGCUCAUGUUCAAGCGUGUACUCUGUAACAGACUUCCAAUUUGAUGAGGGCGAAAUGGAGGUCACAAACAAAGGGCUGAAGCUCAGGACGCCAGAGUAUAUACUGGCCUACGAUGGUUUCAGAUACCGAUAUGCCCUGAAACUGAACUGCAUGGUUCCAGGGCACUCUGAAGACUUUUUGACGGUACCGAUGCGCAAGCUUGGGCCCAACACAUUUAUAAGAGCGCGGGCUAUGGAUGAAGUUGCCUCAUUCGAUCUUCAGCCUGUGCUUUUUGAGGAGAAUGAAUUACACACCAUCACCCUUCUCACGAAAUUGCCAACCGCGAGUGUUCCCCGGGGACUGAACAUCGUCUCAUCCAGCCGCCACACGCUGGUUCAGAUCGAGCUGCCACCGCAAAUCCCGCAGGAUGGGACACACGAGAGUCCUCUUAAGUGUUGGGAUGUAGAAGACUGCGCUUUCUUCGGGAAUCAAGGUUCUCUGCAGAAUUGGGGUGCUAUGAAAUUUGGAAAACAGCUCAUGUUCCUUUGCUUCUGGCGUCGAUUGCUCAACCUAGACUGGACGUUCGAGGGGACGCUACUUACGACAGCGGACAAGGGUUUUGACGACCUUAGUAGGCAUCUAUUCUUGUUUGCAGAAGAAUUUGGCUAUCAGGCACCGACUGUUGCUGAUCUGUACAAUGAUUUGUGUUGUGGGCGGGAACAUAUCACUUCCGUGCGAAGCAAGGUUGAAAAUAAGUGGAACAGAAUUUGGUUCAACACGCAACGUGUCGAUGAUCUAAGUAUGUGUAGUGGUCCUCGGUGGAGAGUCCAAAUUUUUAUGAGUCAAGGUUGAAGUUUAACCUCCCAGUUAGGCUACGUUGUUACAUAGAUGCUCUCCUAUUCAGAGGUUUUCACAUCACUCUUACAACCACAGGGCGAUUCAAUAUACAAACCUAUCAUAGUCAGCAGAUUGAGGCACUAAGUUAUCCAAUCCUGUGCCUAUUGGCUUUUUCCCGUCAGACAUCCAACCUCCCCUCGAUUUGCGGACGUUUGGUUACCACGACCAACGACCCUCAACACCUUCCGGGCCUAUCAAUUCC